AAGUAGUCAAGGUGAGGUGUUUCAACUCACAAGUGAAGCUUUACAUAAGAGCAAGAGAGUGAAACUAACUAAACUGAAAAUGGCGCUAAUAGUGCACCCGACAGCAACAGCAUCAUCAUCAUCAUCUUUUACUACCAACAAACCCCGUCUUCUCCUCCACACACCAUCCCACGCCAAAUUUCGCAUCAAAUUCCAGCAGGAUUCUUCCGCUGAAGAAACCCCUUCGACCCCAUCUACCAAGAAACCCGGUAAUCCGUCGCCAGGUUCGGGCUUCGGCGCCUCGGCUGCAGCUUCGACAGCGGCUCCGGCCAAGAAGAAGCAGUCGAAAGGGAAGAAGGAGAGGGCGUCCAUCAUCCGCAGAGAACCAGUGGAGAAGCCGAGCUUCGUAACGGCGCAGGAGGCGGCUCGGGCGGAGGAGCUGAGCAAGAAUGAGAGUGCUUUCCUGCUUGCUUGGUCCGGCCUUGGGGCGAUUAUUCUUAUUGAGGGCAUUGCUCUUGCUGCUUCAGGUUUUCUACCAGAAGCAUGGGAUAACUUCCUUGUCAAGUACCUCUACCCAUCCUUCACUCCAACGGUCUUCUUGUUUGUUGCUGGAACAGUUAUCUAUGGAGUUUCGAAGUAUUUGCAGAACGAGAAUUCGGAAGGUGGAAACUGAACCUGAAUCAUCUAUCUGGUUGGAAAGCAUGGCUGUUGCUUUUGUUGGCGUUAUACCUGGUUAGUUCUGAGUUUUCGAUAGCUUGUAGUGCUCGUCUUGGCUGUGAUGAAUAUCCAUAAUGACAUUUCAAGAACAGUCAUAUAUGAGAGCUUUCUGCCUAAGUUUUUCUCUCCC